UGACGCUUCAGCUGAUGAUGGCUGUUGGGACUGCUGUGAUCGGCUCCUUGCAGUUUGGCUACAACACAGGAGUCAUCAAUGCCCCUCAGAAGACCAUCGAGGCUUUCUACAAUGAGACGUGGUAUAAGAGGUACUCGGAGUACAUACCGUCGACCACUCUAACUACACUCUGGUCCGUAUCAGUGGCCAUAUUUUCUGUCGGUGGCAUUUUCGGCUCCUUCUCAGUUGGGCUCUUUCUAAACCGCUUUGGCAGGAGGAACUCAAUGCUCAUUGUUAAUGUUCUGGCCUUCAUCGCUGCUGCUUUAAUGGGCUUUUCCAAGCUGGCUGAAUCCUGGGAGAUGCUUAUUAUCGGACGCUUCAUUGUAGGCCUUUACUCUGGCCUGUCCACAGGCUUUGUACCAAUGUAUGUAGGAGAAAUCGCCCCAACUUCAUUACGUGGGGCACUGGGCACACUUCAUCAGCUUGGCAUUGUCAUUGGCAUCCUCAUAGCACAGAUCUUUGGUAUUAAAGAAAUCAUGGGGACCCCUACAAUGUGGCCCUUCCUACUUGGCUUUACUUUCAUCCCAGCCAUAGUCCAGUGUGCCCUGCUGCCCUUCUGCCCCGAGAGCCCGCGCUACCUUCUCAUCAACCAGAACGAGGAGGCCAAAGCUAAGAGUGUGCUGAAGAAGCUCCGUGGCACUGAAGAUGUGGCUGCAGACAUGCAGGAGAUGAGGGACGAGAGCAGGCAGAUGAUGAGGGAGAAGAAGGUCACCAUCCCUGAGCUCUUCCGCUCAUCGCUCUACCGCCAGCCCAUCUUCAUUGCCAUCAUGCUGCAGCUCUCCCAGCAGUUCUCCGGUAUAAAUGCUGUUUUUUAUUACUCCACUGGUAUAUUUGAGAAAGCAGGAGUGUCUGAGCCGGUCUAUGCCACCAUUGGUGCUGGAGUUGUGAACACAGCAUUCACAGUUGUGUCGCUGUUCAUAGUGGAGCGAGCUGGUCGAAGAUCAUUACAUCUUAUUGGGCUGAUGGGAAUGGCUGUGUCUUCUGUUCUCAUGACCAUAGCUAUGGCGCUACUAGAUCAAGUGAAAUGGAUGUCAUAUGUCAGCAUCGUCGCCAUCUUCAGUUUUGUGGCAUUUUUCGAGAUCGGACCAGGCCCAAUCCCAUGGUUCAUUGUGGCAGAACUCUUCAGUCAAGGUCCCCGGCCUUCUGCCAUCGCUGUUGCUGGUUUCUCCAACUGGUUUGCCAACUUCUUGGUGGGAAUGAGCUUCCAGUAUGUUGAGGAACUGACAGGGCCGUAUGUUUUCAUCAUCUUCACUGUCCUCCUGCUGAUAUUCUUUGUCUUCACCUACUUCAAAGUUCCUGAGACCAAAGGGCGGACAUUUGAAGAGAUCUCUGCGGGCUUCCGCUCAGGGUCAGAGAAAUAUACCCGAGAUGAUCUGAACACAUUGGGGGCAGAUUCCCAGCUCUGAGCUCAGUGCCACGUUUAUACAGUAAUGCUGUGGACUAACCAAGUGAGUGUCCUCGGCUAUAGCACAGUGGGAAUGUUCACAAUGGCAAACUAUCAUAUUACUCCUACUAGGA